AACUAACGCCAAAAAAACCCAAACUGAAGACAAAGAGGACGCGGAAACAGACAGACAAUGCAAGCGAGAGUCGAACCUGCCCUCAUGCCUUGCCCGCCUUUUAGAAGUGAUCGCUGCGUCUCCGCCGCCCAUCGCAACACCCCCAGGAGCAUCCCCGCCGUCCAUUUCGACUCCCACACGACCAUCUCCCCGGCCGCCCCUCGCCCUCCAGAACCGCCUCGUCGAAAUGACGACGGUAGCGAGGAGGAGUGCGAGGAUGACCAGGACGAGUGCGAAUUCGAAUUCGCCCUCGUGCUCAUCGAUCCCGAGAACGGCAAAGAAAAGGCCGCCGCCGACGAGAUCUUCUUCGACGGCCGCAUCCGCACUCUCUACCCUGCCGAUGGCCGCGCGCAUCGAGAGCGGGUCCGCCGGAUGUCGGGCAAUGAUCAGCAGCGGGUCUCCAGCCUGGACUCGACGUCGUCGUCGUCGGAGGUGGACGAGCUGGAGCGGGUCGCGCCGGGCACGUACUGCGCCUGGGAGCCGAGGAAGCCGAAGGCGCCCGCGCAGGGGCGGUGCAAGAAGAGCAACUCCACCGGGUCCCUGCGGCGGUGGCGCAUCCGGUACCUGGUAAAGAGACGGAGCCAGAGCGACGGGAAGGAGAAGUUCGUGCUCCUCUCCGCGGAGCAGAAGAGAGGGUGUUCACCACGAAACCCUCGACGUGAUUCGGCGGAGGCAGGCGCGGUAAAAGAGGACGACAGUGGAGAGGAGGAGGGGAAGAAGGAGGGUGGGAAACCGAGAAGGCGGGUCGAGUGGGAUUUGGUCACCGGCGACCAGGUGUACUCUGGCAAAGGCAGCAGGCAGGCGGCGAAACGCGGCGCCGGGCGGCCGUUCUUGCCGUACAAGCAAAACGUGGUCAGGUUCUUCGCCAUUGCGAAUGGCCUCGGCCGCUUUGUUUUUGUUUUCUCCUUAUGUUUUCUUUUUGUGUGUUUGUUUUCUUAACAAAAAAUAUUUUUUUUGGUAAAACCUGAAAAGAUGUACCAUUUUCGUUGUAUAGAUUAACAUUUCUACCAUAACACUUCAACAAUG